AUGGGACAACGGUUACCGCAUCACCUCAACUGCAGCAUCAGAGAUGCAUACUUAUCUUUGUCUCAAUUUGAUGAAGUUGUUUUUGCAUUUGAGAAGCGCCUGGCAGUGAAUGAAAAGCUAGUGUUCAACCCGAUACUCGAGAGAUGGCAUCCUUUGACAGCAGGUGUUGCGGUUGCUACCCUUCAUGUAUGUUAUGGAAAUGAGUUGAAGAAAUAUGCUAAAGGUAUCACAGAGUUGACACCUGAUGCUAUAGAAGUGUUGAUGGAUGCCGACAAGUUGGAGAAAGAGCUGGUGCAGAUAGCAGUGGAGGAUUCUGUCGAUAGUGAAGAUGGUGGGAGAUCCAUUAUAAUGGAGAUCCAACCUUAUGAGGCUGAAGCUAUAAUUGCUAAUCUAGUUAAGUCAUGGAUAAAUAUUAGAGUGGAUAGACUGGUAGAAUUGGUUGACAGAAUUAUGCAUCAAGAGGCAUGGAAUCCACAGGAAAAUAAAGAAGGCUUCGCUCCUUCUGCAAUUCAAGUUCUACGAUUCAUAGGUGACACAGUGGCAACUUUCUGCCUCAAUUUCUUCUACUUCAUAUGUUGUGUAAAGAUGGAUACUGGAACAAUGCUGAAAACAGAAAAACAAGCCAUCACAAUUGGAAUUUUUGUAUCCGCGUUCGCAUUUGCAAUCCCUCUUGGAUUAUCCUUUGCAUUCACCAAUUUUGUUUCCAUGGACAAAACCCUCGCGUCUGCUCUCCCGUUAAUAGCCAUCUCGCAAAGCAUUAUUGUACUCAUCAGCAUAUCAGUCCUUCUAACAGAGCUUAAAAUCCUAAACACCAAUGUCGUCCGUCUAGCAUUAUCAUCGGCGAUGUUUACCAAUGUUGUUAUUCUGCCUUUGAUAACAGUUAUUUUUGCAGUAAUGCAGGUUAAAACUGCUAAUAAGAGUAUAGUGACACUGCUAUGGAUCCUUCUAUCAAUAGGUUCACUCUUGGUUGUUAUCUUCUAUGUAAUGAGGUCGACUAUAAUAUGGUAUGUAAGCCGGUUAAAUGGAAAGCCGAUUGACGAAUUUUGCAUUGUAUGUAUCAUUAUGUGUGUUCUCUUCACUGCAUUUUGCAGUGAAUUCAUUGGACAACACUAUUCUAUGGGACCAAUAUUUUUAGGCUUGGUUGUUCCUGAAGGACCGCCUUUAGGAUCGACUUUGAUAUCGAAAAUGGAAACACUUACUGGUGGGUUUUUGUAUCCAUUAUACCUUGCUGUUAGUGGAUUGCAGACUGAUAUAUUCAAAAUCAACUUUCGGGCUGCUUGGAUUAUAAUUGUCAUAGUGAUAGUCGCUUUUCUUGUAAAGAUCAUUGGUGUUAUUUUUCAAGGUCAUUAUUACAAAGUUCCAAUGAAAGAUUGUGUUGUGAUUGGGCUAGUUUUCAUUGGCAGAGGUAUAGCUGAGCUCUCCAUGUACAAUUUAAUGAAGAACAACCAGCUACUAACAGGACAACUGUUCUCUUUUAUGGUGUUGACCCUUAUAUUGAUAAAUGGUAUCAUAACACCACUGGUAAAAUUGACAUAUAAUUCUUCAGCCGAGUAUCGUUCAGGAAAAAAAAUUUCAAUACAACAUACAAAGCAAGAUUCUGAGCCCCGAAUCAUGGUAUGCUUUAACAAGAAUGAAGACAUCCCAACAAUGUUCAACAUCAUAGAAGCAUCGUGUGCAAGCAGACAAAGCAAUGUUGAAGUUAUAGCAGUUCACCUUGUAGAGCUUCUUGGAAGAUCAAUGCCUCUUCUCCUUGCUCACCAACCGAAUGACACACUUCUGGUAACCAAUUGUGAUUCAACUCAACUCGACAAUGCAUUAGAGCAAUAUACACAACUCAAUGAAGGGUGUGCACACGUUCAAUCAUUCACAUCAAUCUGCGACUUUGACAUAAUCCACGAGGACGUCUGCGGAAUAUCCCUCGACAGAAGAGCCAACAUUUUGAUCAUGCCAUUCCACAAAAGAUGGGAGAUAGAUGGAACGGUCGAUGUAAAGAAUAGAGGAGUGCAAACAAUAAACAUUAAAGUCCUCGAAAGAGCCCCUUGUUCAGUCGGAAUCCUCAUCGACCGAGCUAUCUUAAGCGGUUCUCCGUCACUUUUAAUAGGUAAAUCAACAACUAUGCCAAAUAUUUUUGAUCUUGAAAAGGUGACCAGAGACACUGUUUACUCAAACAACGAAGCAAUCAAUGAUUUGCCUGACUCGCCGCAAGAAAUUCCUCAUUUCAUAUCAGAGCCACAUGAAUUGAAUUUGGGAUGUGUGAGUCCAUCAGAUGUUUUUGCCAGCGAACAAAUAUCCAAGAGUGAAGCUUGCUCUCAUCCCUCUGCGAGUCCCAUCUUGGAAAGGGAUCCUCAUACAAGUGAUAAUUUUGCUUUGGAUCACUUAGUAGGAAUUCAUACCUCCAUUGAUUCUUCUACUGUUAAUGAUACAGUGUCAUCACCAAUUAGUACUGAUACAUCAUUUUCUGGCUCAAAAUUAUCAGACGAAAAAACUGGUAAGGUCAAUAACAUCUUCAAAUAUGAAGACACACAUAAAGAGUCUUUCAGUGAUAAUUCGGUUAGGUUGUGUACUAAUGGCGGAUUAUCAGGACUCGACCCAUCCCAAACCUCUUUCUUCCAAGUGCUCAACAUUCCCACAAAGAUUAACAAGGGUACUGUUGAAAUCUUUACGCCUGUUGAACUCAUCAAGAAGGGAGACAAGGUUGGAUCUUCUGAAGCUGCAUUGCUUGCCAAGUUAGGCAUUAGGCCCUUUUCAUAUGGUCUUGUGGUCCUUUCUGUCUAUGACAAUGGCUCCGUGUUUAGCCCUGAGGUUCUGGAUCUUACUGAUGAUGACCUUGUUGCCAAGUUUGCUAUUGGUAUAUCAAUGGUUACAUCACUUUCAUUGGCCAUCUCAUACCCAACAUUGUCAGCUGCUCCACACAUGUUUGUGAAUGCCUACAAGAAUGUUCUUGCCAUUGCAGUGGCAACAGAAUAUUCCUACCCCGAGGCUGACGAGGUUAAGGAGUAUCUCAAAGAUCCAAGUAAGUUUGUUGUAGCUGCUGCUGCUCCUGCCAAUAUAACUUAUGAUGAACCUGCUGCUGCCAAGGAGGAGAAAAAGGAGGAGCUUGAAGAAGAAUCUUCCAAAGUAUCUCGCAUUUUGCACAUGGACUCCUUGAAAGGACAUCAUAAAGGUCUUGAGAAUUUUAUCCAAAGCUACCUGUGUGAAGAACAGAAAGAGCUCGUUAAACUUGUUGAUGCCAAAGUCGGGAAAGAGUAUGAACUUGUUGUUACUACAUAUGCCGGACUAUACCGUUAUAGAAUUGGUGAUGUGCUAAAGGUAGCUGGAUUCAAGAACAAAGCGCCACAAUUCAACUUUGUAUGCAGAAAAACAUUGUAUUAA